AUGAACGAUCUCCCAGACGAGUUGCUCCUUGAGAUUAUAGAGAACUUCAAGCCCGUUCUCACUCACGAAGUGCCAGACCGUCCACCCCUCAGCUGCCCCCGACUUCAAGAGAACAACCUGCGCUUGAAGACGCUUCUAUCUUUAACACUAAGCUCCAGGCGGCUCUCACGCAUCUCGGAGCCUGUUCUCUAUUCUUCGAUACUAUGUCAGAGCCUGACCCCAACUGGCCAGCGCCGACUCACCCCCCUUCUGUCGACCUUGCUUGAAACACCAUCACUGGCCCAAUAUGUUACCUACGUCGAAAAUCUGAGCGAGCCCCGUGACUUCUACACUUUAUCGGCACAUGGGGCUGAGAAAUUCUUCGAAGGGGAAAAGUGGGUAUUUCCGCAACAGGCACAGCUCGCUCUGAUUAUUGCGUUAGCCCCCAACGUCAAGCACUUGUCGCUACACAUUUUCGAUAACUUCUUUCCAUCUUACCUGACCUUUCUCGGCUUCGAGGCGUAUUCAGGCUACCCAGCUCCUUCGACCGACUUUCAUGGUCUACCCAGACUCGAGACGCUCCCAAUUUGCCAAAUAUGGCUCGGUGACGAUCCACCAUACCAAAAUUAUGCGACAUUCGUCGACUCCCUUCGGAAAUUCCCUACAAUACGAUAUUUCCACUAUAACAUGCCAGUAGGUACGGAACUCUUGCCACGUGGAUAUGCUCUGCAGGCGCUUCGAAUCUUCAACAUCCAGGACUGCAUCGUGUCUGUUAACCACGUUGCCAAGACAUUGAGGGGGUGCAUAGAGCAAGAGUCGUUCAUGCCCCGUGUGGACAUAACGCCGGACCUCCGCAUCGGCGCGUGCCUCCCUCAGUCGGUCACAGAGCUCGACAUUAUUGCAUAUCAGACCGACGUCUUCGAUGAAGCCCAAGUCCUCUGGGAUUUUGCUGAUGACCUCCCUUCACUACCGAACCUUCGUUCUGUCUACAUAACCGGCGGAAACCUCUCCGGCAUGUCUGCUGCGGAGAGAGCGAAGCAUACGGCGAAGCUUAUUGCUCGAUUUGCUGAGCAGGCGGUUACUCAUGUUCGGACUUAACAUACUUCUGAGCCUCCAAAGUCCCGGCCAAGACUUCGGCGACCAUACGAUCUGG